GGUGUCAGAUAUGACCCUGCCCUGCCUUGCCAGUAGGAGGGACUUGAACUUCUGCUCUGUUCGUUUUCCCUUCAAGUGUCAGGGCCCUAGUCCUUCUUGCUACGACGAGUCCGACCGCGGAGAACUUGGAGUCCGGUAACGUUACAAGCGUACAGACACGACCGUGGAACCUAGAAUACACUACACCGCACUACAGAAGCGAGGAUAUAGCAGCGAUACCUUCCUUCACACGCAUGGUCAGGCACUCCGUGCGGCGUCCGCGCACGGUCACAUAGCCUCCAUAUACACCCUCACAGACACACAACUAGAACCAGAACAGUCAUAUCUACAAUUCUACUCCAGCCCACAAACGAAGACUUAUUUUUGGAUAAACACCCUUUUCUGGACCGAGUCAUGGAUGUGUGGUCGUACUGGAGCAGGAUAUUCUGUCGGAGGGUGUUGUUUCUGUUCUGUGUGUUCCAGGAAUAUCUCAGCUCGAUGUUGGACUGCCCGCCAACCUGCAGCUGCUCACUCACGGAGAUAUAUUGUAAUAAAUCCGACACCGGGAAAUUCUUCCCUGUGGUGGCGCUCCAAGACACCGGGAGCUCAGGCAACAGCAGUGUGGAUAUAGCCGAGCUUUUCAACAAUAUCUCGUCCAUACACAUAGAGAACUGGACAGGACUUCAGACUCUGAGAGACGUGGACAUGGAGCUGUACACUGGACUACAGAGGCUAAUCAUUAUAAACUGCAGUCUGCACUCUAUCCAGGCCCGGGCUUUCUCCCAGAACCCUCAUCUACGAUACAUAAACCUAUCCAAGAACCCUCUAACCACCUUGUCCUGGCAACUGUUCCAGAACCUGCAACUUUCCGAGCUGAGGCUGGACGGUGUGGUGUUUGACUGUGGUUGCGACGUGCGUUGGAUCCAGCUUUGGCAGCAGAGAGGAGAGGCGGGGCUUCACACCCAGAUGCUGUUCUGCAGAAACGGGGCCUUUAAGAUACGAUUGCAAAACAUGUACAUUACCUUAUGUGACGUACCAGAGAUCAAUGUAAGCCACAACAGUAACCUGAUGAUGAUAGAGGGUGAUAAUGUAACGGUCAGCUGUAAUGGGUCAGGAGCUCCCCUCCCCGAAGUCGACUGGACCGUCGCUGGACUACACUCCAUCAACACACACCUGUCUAAUGUCUACUGGCCCAACAUCCAUUCUAUUAACCUGACGCUAGUCAACGUAAGUCGAGACGACAACGGCUUCCUGCUCACCUGCAUAGCAGAGAACCUAGUGGGAAUGACCAACGCUUCCAUCCAGCUGGCUGUACAGUUUCCACCAGUCAUCCUGAAACUGUCCGAGCCUGAGCGUCGCCAUGACACCUGCAUAGAGUUCACAGUGAGAGGCUAUCCCUACCCGACGCUGCGAUGGUACCACCAACAGAGAGAGAUCCUGCAGAGUGAGUACAUCAGGACAGAGAUGGAUUUCUACCGGGACUAUCUGGAGGGAUGUCUGACUCUUCUCAACCCAACACACUACGAUAACGGAAACUACACGCUGCAGGCCUCCAACUCCCUGGGGACCGUCACCAAGACGGUCUACGGACACUUCCUCACGGCUCCGCCCUUUGACCCUGACCCUGACGGUAGCCCAGUGCCAUCAGACAAUGCCAUCAGGCCGGAAGAGGAGACGUUUGGG